UGAGUAAAAUGCUACCGUUGACACAAGAUUUCAUACUAUGGACAGAUAAUAAUUAUUAUCCUGCUUGGUCUAUCACCGGAUCUAAUAAUCAUGUGAUGCUGUUAGAAGAAGAGCGGCCUGUUGUACCUGGAGUGACUGUCAGAGCCGCAACAGUCAGCGCACUUGUUGAUUUGCUUGUUGAUUCCUUUCUUCCUGUUGGUGGUGUGAAAGAGAAAGAAUGCAGUUUUCCACGCAUCAUGAUGCUCAUGCACCAAUGGUUCAUCUCAUCAGAAGACCUUGCACAGUCUCUAAUAGCUCGAUUUUGGGACGGGGGACCUAUAGAUAACUGUAGUACAUCAUGUUCACAUACUCUGCGAGAAAUCAGUGAAUGUGCAAUAUAUCAUUAUCGAUCUCGAGUGUGUCAAACAUUAAGGUAUUGGAUCUGUAUGUUCCCCAUUCAUUUUGAUCUUAACCCACCUCUCACUACAACUGUAAAAGAUUUUCAGAAACAUUUGAAUGAUCAAGGUUAUGGUACUCUAGCUGAUCUUCUCGAUCUUUCAAAACUCCCGUCUUGUGAGUGGGCUCGUAACUUGUCUGUACGUAAUCCUCCUGCAAAACAUACACGAAAAAUUUCACUUGUUUUUGAUCAUCUGGAAGCAUCUGAGCUCGCUGAUCACAUUACUUUUUUAGAACAUAAAGUUAUGCGUAGAAUUUCAUUUGAAGACUUCAAAUCUUAUGCUGAAAGAGGCACACCUCAAUCUCUUCCACGCUUAGAACGUUCUAUCUCUCUCUUCAAUUCUUUAUCACAGUGGAUUCAGUGGAUGGUUCUUAGCAAAUCCAGUCCACAUCAAAGGGCAGAUGUUGUUGCCAAAUUCGUAAAAGUUGCUCAGAGACUUCUUCAGCAAAAUAAUUUUAACUCCCUCAUGUCCGUGGUGGGUGGCCUAAGCCAUAGUUGCCUUGCUAGACUUUCUCUCACAAUGGCUUGUGUGCCUGCCGAAACCAAAAAGGCUCUUGCGGAUAUGAGUGAGUUACUCGCAUCAGCAUCCAAUUUCAGUAACUAUCGUAAGACGCUUCAAGAAGUUGAAGGAUUUAAGAUUCCUAUUCUUGGUGUUCACAUGAAAGAUCUGAUCUCCUUGCAUGUUGCCCUUCCUGAUACCUUGGAAGGGGGUCUAGUUAAUUUUCGAAAGAUUGCUCAAUUAUCCCUCAUCUUUGGGGAGCUGUGGGAGUUGCAGAACUCUAAUCCAAGACCAGUCAAUGAAGAGCUUGUAAAUACUCUUAAGCUGUCACUGGAUACGCCUUAUACAGAAGAUGAGUUAUAUGAUUUAUCACUAUUAAAGGAACCAAGAAAUUAUGAGUUAUCACUGGCAAAAGAGCCCAGAAAUAGUCAUUCUCCACAGUCAUCACCAACUCGCCUUUCAUCAUUUUCAGAGUGGGGUCCUUGUGGACCAAAUGCCGAUGAAGGUACUUUUCAGAGGUUUCUGCGAUCAAUUUCUGAAGUACUCUUGAAAACUUAUGACCGUGACAAAGAUGGUUUCCUCUCAUCAGAAGAAUUUGAAUCAAUGGCAUCAAAUUUUCCUCAUAUUGAUUCUUUUAGUACAUUGGAUUUGGAUGGUGAUGGCAUCAUCAACCAAAGUGAUUUGAUAUCCUACCUCUCAUCUUCAAAAUCAAAAGCUUUAAGAGUCAUCUUCCAACACGAUUUCAAUGAAACCACCUAUUUCAAACCUACAUUUUGUGCACACUGUGCAGGCCUGCUUUGGGGAUUGAUAAAACAAGGGUACAAAUGUAGAGAUUGUGGCAUUAAUUCCCACAAACACUGUAGAGAAUUGGUGAUUAUGGAAUGUAGGAGAACAUCUUCGAAUCCUACUCAAUCGGACUCUUUUGCAACUGCAGAUGGUCUUCGCACAAAAGUUCGCCUUCAAAGACCAUGGCGUCGUCAGUUGAAAAACAGCCAAUCAGACAAUGAGUCCAUACAAUUACUUGAUGACAAUUGCAGCUGUGAUAGUGGAUUUGUCAUAGCAGAUUCACCGGAGUUUAAGGAUUUGCCGCCUAAAAGUCCAACUAUCCGGCCUACACCCCCAUCUCCCCGUGCACCUCCUUCUCCUAGUGGAUGUGGUUGCCAACAAUUCCAAUUGCCAAGAGCUAAUGCUCAGGACCAAGACAGAGUAUCUUUGCAUCCCAAGCAUGCCAUUGUAUGAAAAAAACUCUAAGGUUUGGGAUUCAGAGAUUUUUUUUUUUUUAAUAUACACAAGUUCUACAUAAAAUUUUAAUGGCGGACUAGUUGUAUAUGAAAGAUUUUUUAAAACUGCAUUAGUAGAUUGAGAUAGAGGUUUGAAAGAGACAUUUUUUUUAAUGGAUGUAGCUAUACAUCUUUUAACACAUCAUGCUUGUAUGACUGUUGACGGCAUCAUUUUGACAAAGAAAAAUCUAUUAUGUUAUCAUUUUAUCCAUAUUUGACGUAUGAAAUUCUGUAGAAUUUGUUCCACUUAGCAAAAGAGGAAAAACAAGAGGAAAAAAAAAGAAAUAGUUUCAACUAUAGCAGUAUUAAAUUUUGAACAACGUGUGAGGUGAAAUAAGGGAAGUGAACUGUUUCAAGCCCAAAUUAAUUUUGUUGCAGGGCUGGAAAAUAUCAAGAUAUUUUGGAAAAUAUCUGAUAUUUUGAUAUACAGUCGAGUCCCGACUUACGCGAGGGAUGCGUUCCAAGACUCCUCGCGUAAGUCGAAAUUUUGCGUUGUGGAAAAAUAUGUGUAUACCAAUUUUUUAAAAGCAUACCAAGUUCUUUUAGAUACUUAUAAACACCCCCUCAGACUGCUUCAAAACAUUCUUUAACUAUACACUACAGUUUCUUAAAUAAAGAACUGAACUUUUACUAUUUAAAAAAAAAACUUUUAUUCAACAUGAAAUGCUUUAAGAUGCACAAAAUGAAUGAUCAAUGGGAGGAUAGACAUAAAAUAAAACAUGGUACGCAAAGUAUGUACUAAUAAUAAAAUGCUGCACUAUAAUCGUACUGUACAGUAGAUACAGUAAUAAUAUUUACGAGUUAAAAAUGAAGAUAAUGAUGAUUUAUGCUCCAUGAUCAGAUUGUUAUUCUUAUCCAAUGCAUUUUAAAUGCGGUUGCUUCGCCUUUUCUUUUAUAACGUUUCAAUUUGGGGCAACAGCCCCUCUUUCUUAUCUCUUUAAUCCACAAUACAAGAGCAGUUUCUAUUUUAAUAAUAUUUACUUUGCUAGGCUGCUCUGCAAGCUUCAAUAUUGAAACUAAGUUCUGAAAUUUUACGGAUAUCUUUGUUUUUGCUUUGACUUUUAAUUGUACGUAUGGAAGAUCUCAUAAUGUCGUACUACCCUCGACGUUUUGUAAUUGUUCAAGCAUAUCGAGAAUCUUAGCCCCCUUUUUUUAAUAAGAAACUUUCUUUUUAGUCCCAUCUUCACAAACUUUAGAUAAAGGUGCUACUGUGGUGCCAGAAAUUUCAUCAACUUUAAUAUUUAGAAUGAAAAAAAUGAAUAAAUGAAAGAUGCUGAGUGGUUUUUUGAUGCAGUAACAACGUGAUGCGUAGAUUAGUUUGGUGUGAGAACUUUCGAUGUCAGUGAUGCUUAAAGGGAUUUAAUAACAUUUACGAAAUCAAUAUUUUGUAGCCUUCCUUCAAAAAAAAAUUCGCGUUAACUCUAAAAUUCGUUACUCGGGAAAAAUUCGCGUUGUAGCCAUUUCGCAAAAGUUGAAUCGUAGUGGGAAUCGACUGUAUAUCGGAUAUUUUGAUAGAUAUCCGAUAUUUUCAAUCAGCACAAAUUAAGUCUUCAAAAUAGUAAAUGCAUCCUCAAAUCACUUUAUUUUCUUAUAUUAUUAUUACAAUAUGUAGAGUAGACUUAAAAUUAAAACUCCUUCCAUUAUUUAAAUCUAAUAUUUCACUGUACAUUUUUAUCAAUUUUAAUGGAGUUAAUUUAGCAUUAGCUUUUUUACUCAUUUUUCUUCUGUUUGCUACUUUUACAGUUAUAUGAUUCAGAAAUAAAAAAUAUGCAUUAGUCGGUGCACAGUCGUAUAAGACAUUUUCUUAUUUUCUGACCAACAUUUAAUAUUUAAUCAGGCACUUUUAAUAUGAAUUAAAAUUAUUACUUUACUGAUAGUUUUAUGAAUAUAAAAUAAAAAACGAAUAUCAUGUUACUUUGCUGCAUUAAUGAUGUAUUAAUACAUCAUAAAAAUACAGUUCAUAACUUUUUGGUUAUUUCUAAUAAUAAAUUAACAUUACUAAGAUUAAUGUUUUUUUUUUUUUUAUUGAAAAUACCUAGUUGCAAAAAUAAAUAUCGAAAGUAUCAAAAUAUCAUGAUAUUUUCAAAAUGAAUAUCGGAUAUAUAUCAUGAUAUAUAUAGGCGACCCUGUUUUGUUGAGUUUUUUUUUAUUAAACACACAUAUACAAAUUCUUUAAAAAGACUUGUUUCUGAUUUUAUUAAAAUUCAAGAAUUGAAAUGUAUACUAUUACUGGGACAAGCUCCUUUUAGGGAACAUUUUAACGUUUCCAUUUGUAGUAUUAUACAACAGGGCAAAUGAAUAAAACUUGUUAGGUUUGCGAAAUAAUUAUUCUUAGAAGAGUAUUAAAUCAGUCUGAAAUAACUUUACUUAAAUAUUUGCACCUGAUGUUUUUGGCUUCCAAAAUGUGUCAUCCGUUUCUUUCAUGAAGCUUUUAGCAGUUUUACUACAGACGGCAAAAGUACAUCAAAUUCUCCACCAAAAAAAUGAAAACAUUAAAUAAUAAAAUUGAAAUAAGCUAUACUAUACAGGACCCUUUUUUUAUGCCUACAUUGCAGAGAACUUUCCUGUAGUAAAUAAUACUUAGUUGUUACAAGACUCAGUAUCUUUAUUUUUUUAUCAUCAAUAAUUUCAUCAUCCUUUAAGCUUUGAGACAGACACUGAUUGGAGGUUUUAAUUUGAAGGCGGCAAACCCUACUCGGGUCCUAGAAGUUUUUUUUUUUUUUUUACACAAUUUAAUCAUUUUGUUAACUUGGAGAAUUGUAGAUAUUUUUUAAAAAAUGAGCUAUGAAUUCUUUAGGGAGGCAGUAGGUUUUCAGAUUACCCCUAAUACUAAAAUUCCUUAGAACUUCUGAUGUAAAUUAGGAAAUUUUUUGUUCAAUCUCUGAAAUUUUGUAUCAUACAUCAUUUCAAGUCGAUGUUUUUGAGGUUUGUUUUAUCCAGCAUUACAGCCGAGCACUGUUUUGUUGAUGAAGUUCUAGGAUCAAAUCGCCCUACAUUCGUAGGUAGAGCAAGAAAAAUUACAAAAAUUCUUAUCAGAUAGUUUAACAUAGCGAUAGACAUCAUGCCAGAAUAGCUAUUACAUCUUCUAUAUGUUGAAGACAAUGCCUAAAAUUGUAUUGGAAUCCAGUGCUAUUAGAAGCCAGUUAAAAUACCAUAUACUCAUUGGUAGACAAUUUUGGUCUUUAAAAUAUGUAAUUAUUGCAUUACUGUUUGACCACCGAUGAGAUGGAGUGACAAAUAUCUGGUUUACAGGUAGAAACAGAUGCAUUGAUUAGUUUGCAAGGUUGCCAGUUUGUUAAUUUAAGCCGAGUCGUAUUGAAAUAAACGAAACCAAUGCAUAAAAUUUUUCCUUUUCCCCCUCAUUUGGGUUAAAUCGUUUUAACUGAUCGCUUGCCUAUUCCAUAGCACACAAACCUGGUUAGACAGUAUUAUAUAUCUCCUAAAAUUUGUUCUUGGGUGAAAAUCUUGGAAAUUUUUUCUGAGGUACAAUGUAAAAUACCCUUUCCCAAACAGGUCGUAUUGUGUAAGAAAUAAAGGGAAAAAUACUGUACUAAAAUCGAAAAUUUUAAUUAGACAGGAAAUCACUGCAAAUGUGGUUGGCUUUUUCACCUGAAGUUAACUAAAAUUAUAGUACUAAUUAAUGUUUAAGAAGUUAUAGACCAUCUGUUAUUGUUUACUGCUACCAGAACAAUAAUAUAAUGCUGUAGAUAACAUCUUGAUCUUAUUCUCACUACAAUUUUCCUUUAAAAAAUAAGAUGAAAAAAAAACAAAGUAACUAAAUUAUUUUGA